ACUUCGGCGGAAAGAGCAUCUGGUGUCCUGGCCUUUAUAAAAACCAGACACAUGCACUAACUAUUUCAUAAAAUAAAGUGUUACCAAAAGAAUCAAAAUGAGAAUCAAUCUGGCCGUCGUAUUGAUGUUCUCCUCUGUCAUGUGCAUGACAUAUGCAAAGGACUUGACUACAGUAAUAAACGAGGUGAUUGCAGACACUGAUGUAAAUGGGGACGGUAUUGUUUCUGAAACGGAGUUUAAUCAGGAGCUUCUAAGCAGAUGGGAUACUGAUGUUCCAUCAGAUAACAGCGUGUCGAAGACAGACUUUGUUACACAGUGGACAACCCGUUACGGAGAUAAUCAGGCAGAUGCAUCGGCAUUCUUCGACAAACUAGACCAGUUCUUUCUUCCAGUAGGAGAAUUAAACGACCUUGAUUUAUUUUUCCAUCUGGCAACACUGGACCCCGAUGGUGACCACCAAAUAAGCACAACUGACUUUGCAAACUUUAUCAGACAGAAUCACCCGUGUGGAUCAGUUGGCCAUCUGCAUUGCUGAAUUGUUUCCUGUUAUCUGUUAUGUGUAUUGAAUAAAUAGAAAAGUUUUAAAAUUU